ACAGCCACUACGGCCAAGUCAUCUACUGCAACGCCUACGAUACGACAAGUCUGCCAUAAGAGCCUGCUCCUUCAUACGUUGAACGCACUUUAUCCUGAUACACGCGCGGUUUGGAGUCCUUGAUGGCGAGCACAGCAUCUGAAGUGGAUGCAGCAGCGGACAAGUUAUCUCAACUUGGAUUAGGCAACUCGAAAGGGAAAGAGACGGCGUCAGAAGGACGUUAUGUCCUUGAAAACGGGAACGUCGACUUAGUGACAACUGAUCGCUCGACCUUAAUACCAGCCGUCGAUAGCCAAACCAGCACCAACGUGAUUUUGAAGCGGAUACCUAGUUCUGAAACCGCCAACCGCGAACUGAAGAUUCUACAUCGGCUCCAGAAAGCGAAUGUUCCACAUGUUCUGACCCUCCUGGAUUCAUAUGUGGAGAGGGAAACAGGGAAUUCGGUUCUGGUCUUCCCCAGACUGAAGCGAUUAGAGACGAGAAAUAUUGAUUUGGUUGUGGUUGCUAGAUAUACCAGACAACUAGCAGAGGCUCUGAAUGGCAUUCACAGCAUCAAAUUGGCCCACACCGAGAUCUCAGCAGCCACCAUUAUGGCGGAUGACGCCUCUUCCUUAGUCAUGAUAUCAUGGAGCAGGGCCCAAUUUGCUGAUACCUUGGCAGCAGACCCGUCCAACCCAAUCACAACCAGCGCAGAAGCGGCUGCGGCGGCUGCCCGGCCACCACCAUCAUUCACGGCUCCCGACAUUCAUGCUGCCGGAGCGAUCCUCGGGCAGUGGCUCGAACCCUAUCUUCCAGGCUGCUCACUCAAUUACCUUGGAUCCCGUCUCGUGCGCCGCUCAACAACCACCUAUAUAUCUCGAAAACUCUUGGAUCGUCUAGAUGCUCAACGAAUGGGGCGGGAAGCUCCAUGGCAUGUUGCUGUAUCCCAUGCCGCUGACUUGUUGAGUAAAAUGCUAGAGCCAGAUGAGGAAAUUAGGAUCACGGCUGAGGAAAUGUUGAAACAUCCAUUUGUGGUAGCAGAUGAGCAGGACUUUUUGGGAACGGAUUAUGAGGCCUACCGGAAGGAGCUUGCGUUGAUUGGAUUGCGGGGUGCAUCAAGAAUUUCUGCAACGGCAAGAGAGCCGAGAAUUUUCAUGAGAGGAUGAUGGGAUAUGUAGACUUUUUGUGUAUCGUUUGUUAUGAGAAGGAAACUCUUUUGUCCAUAAACCAUUACGCACGUAACUAGCAUUGCUUCAUGGUAAACCA